AAAUGACAGACGUACACCGGCAGCAUUUUGGUGGCGGUGAAUCCUUACAAAAUGUUCGACAUUUACGGCCUGGACCAAGUGAAACUCUACGAGGGACGAAUACUUGGCACACUGCCACCUCAUCUGUUCGCCGUGGGCUCGUCGGCGUACAGUCAGGUAACUGCGGCGAACAACGCCAGCGCGAAUCAAGUGGUCGUCAUUUCCGGAGAAUCCGGUUCGGGAAAAACGGAAUCGACGAAACUCGUGAUGCAGUAUCUAGCCGCGGUAAAUCGCGCGCCGAAUAAUCUCGUCACCGAGCAAAUCCUCGAGGCGACGCCCCUGCUGGAGAGCUUCGGGAACGCGAAAACUCCCAGGAACGACAACAGCAGCAGAUUUGGAAAGUAUUUGGAAGUAUAUUUCAGAGACGGAGUGAUAGUAGGGGGAAGGAUAACGCAGUACCUCCUCGAAAAGAGUAGGAUAGUCACGCAAGCGCCAGAGGAAAGGAACUAUCACGUGUUCUACGAGCUGUUGGCUGGUCUCGACCAGCAACUCAGGGACAAGUACGGACUGCUGACGCCGGACAAAUACUUUUAUCUGAAUCAGGGUGGGAAUUGCGAGAUCGAUGGGAAGAGCGACACUCAGGACUUCAAAGCCCUCCUGUCUGCCAUGCAAGUGUUGGGAUUCACGUCCGAGGAGCAGGACACGAUCUUCAAGAUCCUCGCCAGCGUGUUGCACCUCGGGAACGUGUACUUUCAUCGGAAGCAGAUGAGACACGGCCAGGAGGGCGUGGAGGUCGGCUCCGACGCCGAAAUUCGCUGGGCUGCUCAUCUCCUUCAAGUGAAUUCCGAUGGGAUCAUCAGAGCGCUCACGACCAAAACGACAGAAGCAAGAAACGAGAGAGUUUUCACGGCGCUGAAUAUCGACCAGGCUCUGGACGCAAGAGAUGCGUUCGCCAAGGCUCUGUACAGUUCGCUGUUCUCCUGGCUGGUCGCUCGUAUCAAUCACAUCGUCUACAAAGGGACGAAACAGACGGCCGCCAUCUCGAUACUCGAUAUAUUCGGCUUCGAGAACUUCGCGGAGAACAGCCUCGAGCAACUGUGCAUCAAUUACGCCAACGAGAACCUUCAGUUCUACUUCAACAAGCACAUAUUCAAGCUGGAGCAGCAGGAAUACGCCAAGGAGAAGAUCGACUGGACGACGAUCAAUUACACUGACAAUUUGCCGGUGAUACACCUGAUAGCGAAGAAGCCAGUGGGGAUCCUUCAUCUGCUGGAUGACGAGAGCAACUUCCCAAAAGCGACCGAUCUCUCGUUCUUGGAAAAAUGCCACUACAAUCACGCCCUGAGCGAGUUGUACUCGAGACCGAGAAUGAACUCCGCCGAGUUCGCGAUCAAACACUACGCUGGGCAAGUUUGGUACAACGUGGAGGGUUUUCUGGAUAAAAAUAGAGACACGCUGAGACCGGACGUCGUGGAGCUAUUGAUAAGCAGUAAAAUAUCC